AUGAGUGUUUGGGUCCAUGGUACCCUGGGCAAAGGCGGUCAGCCGCAUCUUCAACCGCAACGAAAAAUCCAAAACUGCGCGGCUUUUGUUGUCUGGACUUCAAUCGACCCAAUGUUUGCAAACAAGACUCGCUCCUUACUGGGGGCUGGGAAAAAUCUGCGGGCCCAGGAGCUGAUUGCGAUUCCCAACUUUAGAUCGGAGCCAACAAAUUCCGAGUUGUUCGAGCCACGCGUGAAGGAAUGGGCCGACCGUCUAGGAGCUUUGGGUAAAGAUACCCGGCUACCCCGAAGCGUGCAAGCGAUUUAUAUGCGACCCCUCCGAAGGAAAGCGGAAUAUGGCCUCCCAGUUUGUGAUCUUCAACUUCGAUCCUACACCGUCGAAAAUGUGGAAUUCUUUGCCGACUUUGCGGUGCGCGCCGCCUACUACCUCAACCUCCCCGUCUCCGGUCCAGUACCCCUUCCCCGUAUUGUCGAGCGCUGGACUGUCCCGCGAAGCAAUUUCGUUCACAAGAAGAGUCAGGAGAACUUUGAGCGAAUUACCCUUCGCCGGUUGGUUCAAAUCAAGGACGGGAACCCGAAAGCCGUCCAGGCAUGGCUCGCUUUCCUGCGGAAGCACGCGUUCUACGGAGUGGGCAUGAAAGCCAAUAUCUGGGAACAUGAUAGCCUUGAUGUCGGCAAAUCCAUGGAUGAGUCUCUUCCGGAGAUUGAAAAGACAUUGGGCUCACAUCUCGCCCAAUUCGGCCAACGGAAAGAUAACUCUAUUGAGCAGAACAUGUUCGAUACUCUGGACAAUGACCGAUUUGCUGAGCGCAAGAACCUUUAA